AUGAAGGAAAAAGAUAAACAACAGCAACAACAAACAAAAAAGAAUAAUAAUAAUAAUAAUAACAUAGUUGUUGAUAGAAAGCGUCAAGAACAACAACUAGAACAAUACAAAAAUAUUAAUAGUAAUAAUAAUGAUAGUAAUAGUAACUUUAUAAUUAUAUUGAUUGUUGGUGUAUUAUGUAGAAUCAUAUUGUAUUAUAAUGGAUUUCAUCAUAUACUCUCUGAAAGAAAUGAAAUCAGUACUCCUAUAACUAGCUUUAAACGAUUAACAGAAGGAUUAUAUUUAAAUCAACUUGGAUUAUCACCAUAUAGUGGAUCAGCAUUUCAUCAACCACCAUUGCUGUUGGUACUAUUCAAAGCAUUCAAUGAUAAUAGUUCAUUUGUAUUGUUGAGACCACAAGUAUUAUUUUUGGUGAUUAGUAUCUUGUCGGCUAUCCUUUUACGUAGGAUUGCAGUAUUGGUACCUAGAGUAUUACCAAAAGAGAUGAAACAAAGUAUAUCACCCAAUAUAGUGGUUGCAAUGUUCCUCUUUAACCCAUUCUCUAUAUUGAGUGAUGUCGGUAUGAGUACCAUCGCAGUCAACAAUCUUGUCAUUCUCUGUGCACUCUAUUUUACACUCAAGGGUAAUCUAUUCCUUGGUGUCUUUUCAGUUGCCGCCGCUGCCUAUCUUUCAAUCUAUCCCAUCAUAUUGAUUGUCCCGGUCGCAUUUAUUCUCUACCGUCACUAUCAAGUUGCCGCAUCGACAUCGGUCACUGUAUUCGUCUUUAAACUGUCCAUUCUAUUCCUCUUCUCAUUGGUAUCUCUUUUAUACCUUUCCUUUUGUCUAUUCAAUUCUUGGGAAUUUAUAAACAAAUGUUAUGGUUUUACUUUUCUUGUUGAAGAUUUAACUCCAAAUAUUGGUAAGCAUAGAUUAUUUUGGUAUUAUUUUAUAGAAGUAUUUGAACAUUUUAGAAAGUUCUUUUUAUUUAUCUUUCAAUACAAUAUAUUUAUCUAUACCAUUCCAUUGGGUAUCAGAUUAAAGAAUCAUCCAUUAUUCUAUUUUUGGAUUCUAUGUGCCAUCAUGGCAACAUUUAAGAGUUACCCAGCACUUGGUGACACGGCACUCCAUAUUUCUCUGCUGCCACUGCUCUAUGAAACACUCAAAGGUGUUAAAUACAUUUUCAUCAUUGUCGUGGUUGGCAUCUACGUCACUGUAUUGGCACCGAUCCUCUGGCAAAUGUGGAUCUACCAAGGUACUGGUAAUGCAAACUUUUACUAUACCAUCAACCUCGUCUUUACUCUGGCUCAAGUUUUAUUAAUGGCCGAUGCACUUUCUGUAUUACUUCGAUUGGAAUAUUUAGAUAAAUUUAAUGAAAAACAUAAACAACAAGAUGAAAAAGAAAUAAUUAAAAAUAAUAAUAAUAAUAACGAUAAACAAGAAAAAGAAAAAGAUGAUGUUAAAACUUUAAAACAAGAUUAA